AUGGGCAAGCCGAUCCAGGACGGGGUGCAAGACAUGUCGUUUGCUAACGCGUGCAUUGACCAACCUAGCGCCCGCCGUGUCCGGUGCGACGAGGAACGGCCGGAAUGCCGGCGAUGCGUCAGAGGCGGCCACGGGUGCCGCGGCUACGCGUUGCCUGCGCCGGGUGCGUCCAUUCUCGCCAUCUCUAGUAAGCCGAGUCGUGAGGCCACCGCGGAGCAGCACGCCGACGAGCAAGAGGCGUGCUGGGCCUUGGCACGCCGCCCGGAAAAGCCCGUUAUUGAAAUCGACCCUCCGUACUGGGACUACAUGCAAGCCGUCCAAUUCUACCACAACUGCGUUCGGGCAUGGCGGCCCAAGCAGUUUGGCGUCGUGCAGGCGCCGACGCUCAGCGACGACACGCACCCGGCCAACUUUGUCGGGCGGCAGCUGGCGCACUACAUCAAGAUGGUGUCGCUGCGGCGCGGCGCGCUGCUGCUGCCGGGCUGCGACCGGCGCUUCGCGGCGCUGUGGUCGAGCUACGCGAGCACCAUGCUCCAGAUCAUCGGGCUCAUCAACUUUUUCAUCCGCGGCGGCACAUUUGCGGGGGGCCGCAACUACAUUUACUCGUGCCUGUACACGCUGAUGCGGCUGGACCUCCCCGCGCACUGGUCGCUGUGGCACGCGCACAUUCGCGGCAGCAUCGCGUAUGUGGAAUCGAUUGGCGGCGUGACGGGGAUGCUGACGUCGGGAAGGACGUAUGGCCCGCCGAUAGGAUUCACUCGCAUGUUAUCAGAAGCCAUCAUGUUUAGCACGACGACGCCGGCGAGGAUGCAGAUUACAGACUACUACCACUUUACCGAUCAGGAGAUGCGCAUCAUUCUUCUCGGCGAGUACGACUGCGACAUGCCCGCACCGAUGGAUCUUCGAAUAGCCAUAUUCAAAAUCAAUCGACUACGCUUCGCAGCCGCCACCGCCACCAAAUCCACACCGGCCGCCGCCGCCGCCGCCGCCGCCGCCCUCACGCCGCUCGUGCACCGCCAGCUCAACGACAUCGACGCCGCCGACGUUGACGACUGGUGCAUGAACAAUGCCGUCUACGGACUCGAGCACAGCCUGAGCCUCGCCCGUAUAUUCCGCCUCGCCGUCCGCCUCUUUGCGCUGCUUACCCUGCCCCGCUCCGCCACGACAUCGUGGGCACGCGCCGUCCUUGCGCCCGACGAAGACGAAAACGAUCCGUACCGCAGUGUAUGCGCCGCGCAACGGACGGAGCUGCUGGCGCGCAUGCGGGCGCUCUUUCCGCAGCUAGAGUACCAGCCUAACCUGCGGUGGCCCAUGGUCGUGGCGGGUGUGGCGACGGCGACGGCGACGGCGGACGGUAGUGCGGCGGCGGCGGCGGCUGAUAAGGCGUUUAUAGCUGAGAGCCUGCGCAUUAUCUGGGAGCAGCCGGUCGUGGCGUGUGGCCCGAUGAGGUGCAGAGAGCUGCUGCAGAGGUUCUGGGCGUCGGGCAAGACGGAGUGGGAGGAGUGCUUUGUCGAGCCGGUGCCGUGCUGA